AUGGAGGUCCAAGUGGCCACACAGGACCCCGAGCUGAUGGAGAUGCCAUGCGGAACCACCACACCCACUCACACCGCACUGCACUCCCCUUUUGUGCGUUGCCAGCCAAGUGGCCGCACACAGGACCCCGAGCUGAUGGAGAUCCAAGUGGCCGCACAGGACCCCGAGCUGAUGGAGAUGUUUGGAGAUGCCAUGCUGGACCCGCAGCAGAUGCAGGAGAAGAUGGAGGAGCGCAUUCGAUCGAAGCAGGCGGAGCUGCUGGCGGAGAAGCUCGGCAGCGGAGCCACGAUGCAGGUGGCCAUUAAAGAGAUUGACCCAUUUGACAUGUACAUCUGGUUCGAGCUUCACAAGACACCGUCAGAAGACGAUAUGAACACACUCGGCAGUGUCAUUCGAGCGUGGUACGUGGUGGGCAAGCUGGGAGGGUACAACUCCGCCAACCUGCAGCUAAUGGAGGGAGACGAGUCGUCCAAGUACAAGUACGAUGUGGGAACAGCAGCGUCUGCUUUACCUGCCUUGAUGCACAACGUUGGGGACCUUGAGUUUCAAGACAACCUGGGGAGGAUAUGGCUAGACAUGGGCACAGCAGACAUGAUGGCAGUCGACAUUCUCCUCAACUCCCUCAAUGCCGUUAGCUCAGACCAUGUGGGUAUAAACAAGGUGACAGUAGGCGGUUCAAAGAUGGAUGAUUGGGAGGAAGGCAUGACACGACCUGAAGAUGGUUACCAAUCCUAUAGCAUAUGA